AUGGGACACAGCACUAGCGAGCCCUUAGCGGCAGAUACUGCUGAGUCAGCCACGACGCACACAAGAAGCUCCGCCGGCGCUUCUCCUCGAUCAUUCUUGCAACCAUCUCCUCAUCCUCGCAGAAGUUCUCGAACCAUCUACGAAGAUGAGAGCUAA